AUGUCAUUACAACCCAAUGAAUCAAAUUCAUCAAUCAUUAAAAUAAAUGCUAAAUACAUUUCAUACGCUCAUACAAUAUGUGCCUCAUCUGCAUUCUUAGCCGCAUUAAUAGUUGGUGUUUGGUUACAUUAUUACAAGAUUGUUGAAAAUGGUUAUUAUGGUUAUCCAGAUGAAUGGUUUCCAAGUGUUAGUGCAACUAUUGGUGAUAGAUAUCCAGAACGUUCAAUUUUUCAAAUUUUAAUCGCAUUGACUUCAGGUCCAAGAUUUUUAUUAUUAUUAAUUUCAUAUAUUAGAUUAUAUGACUCCAGGAGACCAAAUUUCGGGGUUUUUGGUGUGGUUUGUGGUAUUAUAAGAACUGUUACUUGUGGUGGUUGGGUUUAUAUAACUUCAACUGAUGAUCAUGAUGCUCAUGAUGUUUUUAUGAUUAGUUAUAUUGUAUUAACUAUUCCAUGGGAAUAUUAUGUUAUUAGUUCAACUCCAUCAAGAACUAAUUUGAAAAAAUUUAGAUUAUAUACAAGUUUAACAUUUUUUACUACAUUGAUUCCAUUAAUUUAUUUUUUCAUUCAACAUAAAGUUCAUAGAGUUGCUGGUGCUUAUAGUAUUUAUGCAUAUUUUGAAUGGGCUUUGAUUAUCUUGGAUGUUUUAUUUGAUUCUUGGACUGCAUUAGAUUUUAAAGAUUUAACAAUUUCAUUAAGUUCAACAAAACCAUUACAAUUUUCCAUUGAUCAAACAGAGGCACCAAUAAUCUCCAAGGAAGAAAUAAAUUUAAAACCAAAAUCAAAAGAUGAUGUUCCUUUUUUAGAAUUAUUAAUUAAUUCAAUAAAUUCAUUUAUUUUUUGGUCAGUUAUAACUUCAUUAUUAUUAACAAUUUGGUUUUUCCCAUUAUGGAAUAUGGGAAUUUCAGGGUUUGAAUUAACAAUAUUAUCAUUUUUAUUAUCAUUUAUUUUAAUUAUCCCACCAAUUAAACAAAUUUUAAAUUCAUUCCCACAAAUUUCAAGAUUAAUUACUGUGAUUUUAGGUGUUGGAGCUUAUAAAAUUGAAGAUCCAGAUUCAAGAUUAAUUUCCGUGGCUAUUGCUUCAUCAUUUGCAAGUAUCUCUUUAGCAAAUGAAGUUUAUCAUUAUGGUCAAUCUAAUUCAAAUAUAAGAUCAAAAUAUUAUUAUACAACUUUUUCAAUUGGAUUAAUUUUAUCAUCAUUAGUUAAAUUUGCUAAUCAAACAAAUAAUCCAAUUUGGCCAAUUAUGAAUGAAUCAAAUGGUGGUUGGAACAAGACAGGUUUAGUUAUUGGUAUUUUAGCAGCUUUAUUAACACCAAGGGUUAAACCAACAUCAAUUUCAAUCAAUGUUGAACAAAAACCUGCCAAAACCUCAUUAUUCUUUACAGGAUUAGGACUUGGUGGAUUAAUUUUUUCAUUACAUGCAAUGUUGACAGAUUCUUCAACUAUAAUUAUUUGGAAUUGGGAAGGUUAUCCAAUCCAGGGACCAAUUCCUGUACCACAUGGUGCUAUAACUUUAAUUUUUAUGAUUAUUGGUUCAUAUUUAGGUCUUUCUCAAUCAAUCUCAACUAAAUUAUUAUCAGGAUUAGGUAUAAUUUCAUCAAUUAUACUUUAUUUAGGUACUGAAUGGAUUGGAUAUAUUGGUGGAUUAGGAUAUAUUUUAUUUUUAAUGAUUUCAAUACCAAUAAUCUUGGGUAAUGCAUCAAAAUUCCAACCUGGUGUUAUUUUCACCUUGGGAUUCCUUGUUCAUAUUAUAUUGAUGUUGGCACAUGUUUGGAUUGUUGCAUAUGCAUUUGUUCCAGGUGGAUGGAUUUUAAGAGAACGUACAGAUAUUAUAUUGGGUAGUUCAACUGGAUUAAUUGUAUUGGGAUUGUUGACAACAAAUAUAUCAAGUUUUAAAAAGGGUAUUAACAAUGCGUUAUACAAAGUUAAAAGAAUUUUAAUAAUUUUAUCAAUUUUAUCAGUCUUGAUUGCAUAUUUAAGAUUCCCUAAACAAGAUCCAAAACCAUAUCAUCCAAAUUCUAAAUUAAUUACAGCAGGUAUUUGGACAAUUCAUUUUGGAUUAGAUAAUGAUAUGUGGGCAAGUGAAGGACGUAUGUCCUCUUUAAUCCAAGAUUUAGAAUUAGAUGUUGUUGGAUUAUUAGAAAGUGAUACCCAAAGAAUUAUAAUGGGUAAUAGAGAUUUAACACAAAAAUUAGGUGAAGAUUUAAAUAUGUAUUAUGAUUUUGGACCAGGACCAAAUAAACAUACAUGGGGAUGUGCAUUAUUAUCCAAGUUCCCAAUUUUAAAUUCAACACAUCAUUUAUUACCUUCACCAGUGGGAGAAUUAGCUCCAGCAAUUCAUGCAACUUUAGAUGUUUAUGGAGAGAAAGUUGAUGUUGUUGUAUUCCAUUCAGGUCAAGAAGAAGAUGAAGAAGAUCGUUAUUUACAAAGUUUAGGAAUUAGAGAUAUAAUGGGAUCAAGUGAUCGUCCUUUGAUAUUGUUGAGUUAUUUAGUUACUACACCAAAAGAAGGAAAUUAUAAUUUAUAUGUUAGUAAAGAAAGUGGGAUGUAUGAUAUUGAUUCCAGUGAUUGGGAUAGAUGGUGUGAAUAUAUUUUAUAUAAAGAUUUGAAAAGAACUGGAUAUGCAAGAAUUUCAAGGGGGACAAUAACAGAUACAGAAUUACAAGUUGGUAAAUUUCAAUUACUCAAUAAGGGGGAUGAUGUUAAUUAUUUAAAUGAACGUAUAAAUGAAGUUGAAGUUGAUGAAGAUUUAAGAUUUCCAAAUAUUUUUUAUGGAGAUGGAGUUAGAGAUCAUAGAUUCCAUGUAUUUGAUGAACCAAGAUAUUUUCAGUAA